CCGGCCCCGAUUCGGCCUGCUGUCAAACGCGCCUGUCAUGGACGUACCUUCAGCCCGACCGUGCAAGAAUGGUGUAAGCGUCGUUGGCAGCGCAAAUUUUCGUGCCCGAGCGUUGUAAUUGAAGUAUUUUCGUACAGUUCGUGCCGUGUUUUCGUGAAAGUGCAGCAGCCGGAGUGCAGCCAAUACGGUGUUUUUCUCCACCGACUGCCACUGGCACACGCAAGGAGGAGCGUGAACCGUGAAUUGCUAAAAAUCAGUAGUGGCCAGCCCAUCAAACGGUAAAUAUUGGCCAGCAAACUGACCGCGCGACACUGCGGAAGUGGGGAAAGAAAGGAUCCUCCCAGGGAUCGGUGGCAGCAGCAGCAGCAGAACCGAAACAACCGCAGCAGCAGCCACCUCGAAAGUGGAUUGGACGCAGGGUCGGCUUUCGCUGGGGUAAGCCACACAGAACUGCACCCAACGAACCGGAUCGUCCGUCCGACGGGCAGCCAAUCGCAGCAGCAGCAACCGGUGAGCAAGCGAAGGAAGAAGAAGAAGAAGCAGAUCAAGAAGUCCGGCCGGUGGUUGUUGCGGAGCAGGGGAGCAUCGAAAGCACUGCGGCGCCCCCCACUGUCGCUCCUCCGGCGAAGGCGAAAUCGGCCCGCAGUUCGCUGUUCAGCUCGCUGGUGCUAGCAGCAGCGCCCAAGCGUCGCAAGGCAAACAACAUCAUCCCGGCCGGUAGUGGUGGUGGUGGCGGUGUUGUUGAGGAGCGCAGCGGCGCCAGCGUCGGCAUCGCCGAGGAAGGAGGCACCCCGGGCCCCGAAGGACGACGACGUGGUGGAGGAGGCGGAGGCGUAGGCUUCCAGCUGCUGACCCGCUUUCUCACUGUUCUCGGCGGAAAACGUGCGCACCGAACGGCCGCAAAAACGGGGAAGGAAUUUCUUCCGACAGAGGGCUUAAAUUUGUGUUUAUUUCUCUCUCUUUCUCUUUCUCUGUUCUCUAUCCUCUGGCCCAACUCCUCCUGGCCUCAUCAUCCCGGUGCGCUGCUUCUCCCAUCUCGAAACUCGAUGUCCCGCCAUCCCGAUUGCUGCCGUCGUGUGCCAAUCGGUUCCUCCACCACAACAACGGCUGCCCGAUCCCGAUCGCUCCAUUUCUGAAAAAAAAAACCCCAUCAUCAUCAUCAUCCUUCUCCUGUUCCUGUGUGUCCUGCUACUGCUGCUGCCCGGCGGUCGCCCCGGUCGCGUGUAUGCGUCAUGACCUCGCCCGAACCGGACCCGGCGGAACCGAAACCGAAACAUUGUAAACUCUCUCAUUCCAGCGCUAUGGAUUUUGACAAAACCGUGGAAGCGAUGGACACGCAAGACGACAAUGAAAUCGAUCCGCCCAACAUUCAGAACCUCACGAACGCGGUCGCCGCAGCACCACCAGCCCCGACGUCAGAGGCCGUCGUCGCCGCAGUGGCGGCAGCCGCCGUCGCCGCCGCCAACGGUGCGAGCGCGGACGGGGGCGGGGAAGCGAUGGCGCUGGACGAUCAGGACUUCCUGAACGACGAGGUGCGGUCGGAGGCCACGUUCAGCUAUGUGAUAACGAAGUUCAGCCGGCUGACCGAGUCGAUACUGUCGCCGCCGGUGUACGUGCGCAACCUGCCGUGGAAGAUACUGGCGAUGCCGCGCAACAACGACAACUCGGUGUCGCCCGCCAAGGGGCUCGGCUUCUUCCUGCAGUGCAACGGCGAGAGCACCAGCAACAACUGGAACUGCUCCGCGUCGGCCGAGCUGCGGCUGCUGAAGGCGGACCGGAGCGCGGAACCGUUCAUCCGCCGGAUCCGGCACACGUUCUGCAUGCAGGAGAACGACUGGGGCUUCUCGUCGUUCAUGAACUGGCAGGAGAUACUGGACCCGGCGAACGGGUUCAUCGAGAACGACACGAUCACGCUGGAGGUGUACGUGAACGCGGAGCCGCCGCGCGGCAUCUUCUGGGACUCGAAAAAGCACACCGGGUACGUGGGGCUGAAGAACCAGGGCGCCACCUGCUACAUGAACUCGCUGCUGCAGACGCUCUACUUCACCAACCAGCUGCGGAAGGCGGUGUACAAGAUGCCGACCGAGGCGGACGAUGACUGCAAGUCGGUGGCGCUGGCGCUGCAGCGCGUCUUCCACGACCUGCAGACGCAGAACAAACCGGUCGGCACGAAGAAGCUGACCAAGAGCUUCGGCUGGGACGCGCUCGACUCGUUCAUGCAGCACGACGUGCAGGAGUUUCUGCGCGUGCUGCUGGACAAGCUGGAGAACAAGAUGAAGGGCACCAGCCUGGAGGGCACGAUCCCGAAGCUGUUCGAGGGCAAGAUGAUCUCGUACAUCAAGUGCCAGAACAUCGACUACACGAGCCGGCGCACGGAAACGUUCUACGACAUCCAGCUGAACAUCAAGGGGAAGAAAAACAUCCAGGAAUCGUUCAAGGACUACAUCGCGACGGAGAUCCUGGACGACGACAACAAGUACGACGCGGGCGAGCACGGCCUGCAGAAGGCGGAGAAGGGCAUCCUGUUCAUGAAGUUCCCGCCCGUGCUGCACCUGCACCUGAUGCGCUUCCAGUACGAUCCGAUCUCGGACAAUUCGGUCAAGUUUAACGAUCGCUUCGAGUUCGACGAGAAGAUCAACCUGGACCCGUUCCUGGAGUCGCACGAGGAGACGCCGGCCACGUACAUACUGCACGCGGUGCUGGUCCACUCCGGCGACAACCACGGCGGCCACUACGUGGUCUACAUCAACCCGAAGAACGACGGCAAGUGGUGCAAGUUCGACGACGAUGUGGUGUGCCGGUGCAGCCGGAACGAGGCGAUCGAGCAGAACUACGGCGGGCACGACAACGAGCUGAACAUGCGCCACAGCAGCAACGCGUACAUGCUGGUGUACGUGCGCGAAUCGGUCGUGCACCAGGUGCUGGAGGAGGUGAAGGAGAGCGACAUCCCGGAGGAGCUGCUCGAGCGGCUGAACGAGCAGCGGCGCAUCCAGCAGGUGCGGCGCACGGAGCGCACCGAGGCGUCCAACUUCGUCAACCUGAACAUCCUGCUCGCGGACUACAUGGAGGUGCACCAGAAGUCGGACCUGUUCGACGCGACGACGGCCGCGUACCGCACGCUGAAGGUGCGCAAGACGACCGACCUUGCCUCGGUGGUGCAGCAGGUCGGGCGCGCGUUCAAGGUCGACCAGUACCGGCUGUGGGAGGUGAAGAAGCCCGCCAACCAGAAGCCGCACAAGUUCGAGUACAUCGAUCCGGCGUCGACGGAGACGUGCGCCAAGUACGCGUCGCCCGAGACGAAGCACUCGUGCACGAUCUUCCUCGAGCUGCCGCUGCCGGGCCGGACCGAGCUCGAGCCGGUCAAAAUCACGUUCGAGGACACGCUGCUGUUCUUCAAGUUCUACGAUCCGGUGGAGAAGCGGCUGAACUACUGCGGCCACGGGCUGUACAAACCGUCGACGACGGUCGCCGAGCUGGUGCGCGGGCUGAACAAGCGCGCCUACUUCGAGCCGGACACCGAGCUGCAGCUGUACGAGGUGGUGGACAUUAACAAGGCGCAGAAAAUCACGGACCAGUUCCAGACGCUGCAGACCGCCCUGUCCUUCCUCUGCCACGGCACGAUCGUGGUGUUCGAGAAGCUGCACCCGCCGCAGGACAAUCUCGAGUUUCCGACGUGCGAGGCGUACUUCAAGGAUCUGUUCUGCCGCAUGGAGGUCAUCUUUCUCGACACGCUCAUCCCGAACGAUACCGGCUUCACGCUCGACCUGUCGUCCGAGUCGACGUACGACCAGAUCGCGAAGGCGGUCGGCCGCCGCAUCAACGUCAACCCGUACGAGAUACAGUUCUUCAAGAGCAAAAACUACAGCGACCUGCCCGGGCAGCCGCUGUCGCACAGCUACGCCGGCUCGCUGCGGGAGGUGCUGCAGUACAGCAAGACGAAAACGAUCCGCAAGCUGUUCUACCAGAAGCUCUCGAUCAACAUCAACGAGCUGGAGAACAAGAAGCAGUUCCGCUGCCUCUACCUGAUGCCGAACCUGAAGGAGGAGAAGGAGCUGAUCCUCUACCCGAACAAGAACGGUACCGUGCGCGACCUGCUCGAGGAGGCCCGGAAGGUGAUCGAGUUUGCGGAGGCGAGCACGAAGCAGCUGCGGAUUUCCGAGCUGUCGAAGAACCGGCUGUCGCCCGGGCCGGCCGACGAUACGCCGCUCGACCAGCUGCACGACUACACCGAGAACCCGUUCGUGCAGAAGUCGAGCAUCGGCAACCAGACGAUGUACCGCAUCGAGGAGGUGGCCGAGGACGAGGUGGCGCUCGGCGAGCACGAGAUGCUCGUGCCGGUGCUGCACUUCACCAAGGACAUCUCGAGCGUGUUCGGCAUACCGUUCUUCAUACGCACCGUGCAGGACGAAACGUUCGCCUCGCUGAAGGAGCGCAUGAAGAAGAAGCUGGGCGUGUCGGACAAGGAGUGGGAGAAGUACCGGCUAGCGAUCAUCACCGAGCACAUCGACUACAUCGACGACGAGAUGAUACAGAUCAAGCUGGAAACGUUCCGGGGCGAUCCGAGCGACCCGCACUCCCGGACCUUCCUCGGGCUGGAGCACAUCAACAAAAACACCAAACGCAGCAGGUUCAACUACAUGGAAAAGGCGAUCAAGAUUUACAACUAGAUAUCCAGCAAGCAGGAGUGUGUGAGAGAGAGAGAUAGAGAGAGAGAGAUAGAGAUACUAAAUUUGCGCUUUACAGUGCUCAGUGAAAAGCCUUGUUUUCCCCCGCCCUCAUCAGGAUCAUCGAUCGAACGGUUGUCGUCAUCGUCAUCGCCGCUGCUAUCAUCACCACCGCCAACACAACCCCUCGACCUUUUUGUGGGCUGUUGAGUUGAGCCGCUGGAGGGGAGGGAAUGUAGAAAGUAUGUGAGUGUAUUUGAAAUAUCACGAUUUUUUGUUUCUAUUCUGAUCGGUUCAUGUCCAAUAUCGAGGGCACGAAACGGUCAUUUUAAAAUGCAGCAGUGGUCCUCGGCCUUGCCAGAGGUCAAUGCACACGAUUUAUUCUUGCUGCCGGCGAGACACUGAUUGUACCAUAGCAAUGAAUGUUGUGUAAAAGAGAGAGAGAGAGUAUGCAAAAUACAAAAGAAACGGAUGAGACGAACUAGGUUCGACUUCAACACACACACACACAACCGGUUGAAGACAGUCAAUAGGCGUGUUAUCGUUCAUUCUUAAAUUGAAUGGCCGGGAAAAUCUUGUUGCAUUGCCUCCAUACAUACACUCACACCCACAUCAGCAGAUAAAAAACAUCGAGAUAGGAGGAUGAAGCAUUGUAAAAUUAGCAAUUACGUACGGACCUGUUUGCUUUUAUGGGGAAAACUUAUCGCAAAAUUAAGGGGCGCCCCCAGCCCCAGUUAGGAACACCGCGCACAGCGAAACCGGAGAGCAAAGAAAAGGGUUGGUAGGAGCCAAACCUGUGCGUUCCCGGAUGCGCGAUUUUUUUCUGUUGUCGCAUACGGUGGGUGUGUUCUAAAAUACUUUUAAAAGCGCUGAAUAAUGUUUCAUUUUGGGCGCGCGCGCAAGCUUUAUACUGCUGUUUUGUGUGCUUUUGGUUGUAGUUCGUUUAUUAUAUGCUGCUUUUGUAUACAGUUAAUAUAAUUCUACUGAAAUUAA